AUGUCGUACGCUUACCUUUUUAAAUUUAUUAUCAUUGGCGAUACUGGAGUGGGAAAGUCGUGUCUUCUUCUUCAAUUUACUGACAAGCGUUUUCAGCCUGUGCAUGACUUAACCAUUGGCGUUGAGUUUGGGGCAAGGUUGAUAACAGUCGAUAAUAAACCCAUUAAGUUACAAAUAUGGGACACGGCUGGUCAGGAAUCAUUCAGAUCCAUCACAAGGUCUUACUAUAGAGGGGCUGCUGGUGCACUUUUAGUCUAUGAUAUAACAAGGAGGGAAACCUUUAGUCAUUUGUCUAGCUGGCUAGAAGAUGCAAGGCAGCAUGCAGUCCCAAAUAUGACAAUCAUGCUGAUAGGCAACAAAUGUGAUCUUGCACAGAGAAGGGCCGUCAGCAUGGAAGAAGGAGAGCAGUUCGCAAAAGAACAUGGACUGCUUUUCAUGGAAGCAUCUGCUAAAACUGCUAAGAAUGUUGAUGAGGCUUUUGUAAAAGCGGCUGCAACAAUAUACAAAAACUUGCAGGACGGAGUUCUCGAGUUGAAUGGGCAUAAUGGAAUCCAAGUUGGUCAUGGUCCAAUCCCAGGCUCGUCUGGUAGCGGGAAUGUUUCUUCACAAGGUGGAGCAAUGGAAAGGGAAAACAGAAAAAGAGCGAGAGAUGAAGAAGAGAAGAAAGAAACUUGUCGAGGGAAGAAACCCGAAUUUGAUUACGACAAAGAAGAGAAGGGCUAUGAAUUCUGUGAUGAGAUUGGAGUUUUUGAUUUCCCUUGGCUCAAAGAGGGUGUGAAAAUCUUUCAAGGGGAUGAAAAUUUUGAAUUGGAAGAUAUAUUUGCACUUUCUUGUUCAUAUUUUGAUGAAUUUCCCACCACCUCAACACCAGAUUUUGAUCAAUUUUGUGUGCAGGAUUUGUAUGAUCAAAAUUUUAUUGAUGAGAAAAAGUUUGAUGAUGAUUUGUGGUCAUUCAAAGUUGGUGAUCUUGAUCCUGUAGAUUGCUUUUGGAACUCUGUGAUUAAUCAGCCACUUGAUGUUGGGUUGAACAAAGUUUAG